UCCAAAAACUUCUGUUCCAUUACCGACAAUACCAAUGGCAGCUGAUCAAGAACAAGUGCUGAAGCUCUUUGAUUAUUACUGGUUCGAAUUCGAAAUCUUUACUAUAAAACCACCACUUUCAAUCCCAGACUCAAACCCGAUUCUCCAAAUUCACGAAGAGCCUGAAAAGCCAAAGCUCUCUCGCAUCCAAACCCUCCACGUUCGAUCUCUCAGUGACCAGUACUGUUUGAGCUCCCAUGACAGCUUCAGCUCAGGCUCUCUCUCUCCAAACUCGGUCCUCACGCUGAAGCUCCAAACGAUACAUUCCGGGAAAGAAGUCGAAGAAUUCUUCAACCCUGUUGCCAAACAAGAAGAGAUUGAGGUACCCAUUAAGAAGAUAUCAGUGAAUGAUAGAAGAAGAAGAAGAAGAAGAAAAAAGGGUGUUAGUAAGAGCUUGUCAGAACUCGAGUUUGAGGAGCUAAAAGGGUUCAUGGAUUUGGGUUUCGUGUUCUCUGAAGAAGACAAAGAUUCAAAUUUGGUUUCCAUCAUUCCCGGGUUGCAGAGAUUGGGGAGAAAAGUUGAUCAUAGUGGUGGUGGUGGUGGUGGUGGUGGUGAUGAAGAAGAAGAAGAAACUGGAAGGGCCAUUGAUGAAUCUGCAGUUUCAAGACCCUAUCUUUCUGAGGCAUGGGAUGAAAUGGAUGACUUGGACCAAAGAAAGCUAGAGAAACCUCUGAUGAAUUGGGUCAUUCCAGAUCUCAGAAAUGAAAUGGACAUGAAAGAUCAUCUUAGGUUUUGGGCUCAUACUGUUGCAUCUACAUUAAGAUAAAUGACAUCAUCUUAGUAGAAUUUAUUUUUGUUUUCUAUUAUUAACUUGUAUGACCCAUUUUUGUUUUAGGUUGAGUUCUGCAUUUUUCUUAGGCCAAUUCAGUCUUGUGGUUUCCGUCCAUAAAUUUGUAAUCUGUGAAUAAAGAAUUAAUGGCCUUGAAAUUUAAUUAAUUAAACCUGCUGGUACUAUUUAGUAAUCAACAGUGAUGUUUAUGGUCUAAUUUGUACAUCAUGAUUCAUGACCUCUAAAAGUAGGUUAGGCGUCGGAUAUCACUCUUAUUGCUUAUUAAAAAUAUAAAACCUAUCAAAUCUGAUUAAUACUUUUAUUUAUU